UUUACUUUUCUUCUCCCCUUUUACAUCAAACGCUCCAUAGCUAUUGGAAAUCCUCCCUUUAAAAGUCCCCUAAUACUCCACUUGAUUCCAUUCAUUUCCUUCCAUGGCUCUAAUUUUCAUCCCAAGACGCGCGGCGGCAAUUUCCUUCUCCCUCUUCCUCAUCUCCGCCCUCGUUGCAUCGGAUCCCGUUUUGUCACCGGAAAAGCUCGGCAUCCGGCGUCGGGAGAAGCUUAGUCACCUCCACUUCUACUUCCACGACAUCGUCAGCGGCCGGAACCCCACGGCGGUGUUUGUCGUCCCGCCGCCGUCCAACGCCUCGCGUACUCUGUUCGGCUCGGUGGUAAUGACGGAUGAUCCGCUGACUGAGCGGCCGGAAAUUGGGUCGAAAUUGCUGGGAAGAGCUCAAGGAUUUUACGCGGGGGCGUCGCAAACGGAAAUUGGAUUCUUAAUGGUAAUGAAUUUUGCGUUUGUGGAAGGGAAAUAUAAUGGAAGUUAUUUGAGCAUUUUGGGGCGGAAUACGGUUUUUUCCGCCGUCAGAGAGAUGCCGGUGGUCGGUGGCGGCGGGCUUUUCCGAUUUGCUCGUGGGUAUGCUCAGGCGAAGACUCACGCGGUGAAUAUCAGUUCUGGUGAUGCCGUUGUGGAAUAUAACGUCUAUGUCUUCCACUACUAAACAAAAAGUAUUUAGGAAUUUUUCUUUUUCUUUUUCUUUUUCUUUUUCAAAAGUUAAAUAGACAUGGCGGAAAAUUUAAAUGUUUGACUAAUGUAUUUUUACUGCUAUGUUCAGGCAAUUGAGAAGUGAGUUUUAUGUUAUGAGUUGAAAAGUGGAGUUUAGAUUUAAAUUCUAUGUUGAUCUGUUAUGCUAUGUUUAAGUUCCCGAGUAUUUAAGAGAAAUUAAAUAAUAGACUUAAGUUUAU